AUGCUACAUAAUCUGUUUACCAAAGGCCUUGUAAAGAAAAUUAGUGAUUUAAAAAUAAUAUCAAAACGGUCUUCUGCAUUGUUUAUAAAUGGUCCAAAGGCUUCUGAAAAUUAUGUGUACAUUACACCUCAUGUAGAUUUUAAAGACCAUAUAAAAGAUAAAGAUUUAAUAAAAGCUGAAAUUGAAAAACGUAAAUUAGAAAUUGAUUUAAGUAAGAUAGAGAAUCUUUGGUCUGCAUACGAAGAAUUAAAAACUAGGAAAUUUGAGUAUGAAAAUAAAAAAGAAAGAAUAUCAAAGGAGUUGAGUGAAAUGAUUAAAAAUAAACAGGAAGGAGAUCAUUUUGAAAAAUUGAAAAUACAAAUAAAUUUAUUAAAAGACAAUAUAAAGAAACUAAGAGAACCUUUAUGGUCUGUAGAAGAGUUAGCUAUAUUGGAAGUGUUAAAACUCCCUAACAGGUUGCAUAAUUUAACACCCGAGCACAAUAACCAAGUAAUAUUUGAACACGGUGUAAAACCUAGCAACAACAAAGAUCAUUUACAAAUUGGUAAAGAGAAGAAUUUAAUACAUUUUACAAAAAACGAAAACUACUAUCUUAAGGAUGUUGCAGCUUUAUUUGAACUGGGAGCAAAAUUUUAUUUUAGUCACAUAUUGAAAAACAAUGGUUACACUCAAUUUUCCAAUCCAGAUUUCACAAAGAGUCUAGUGAUAGAAGGUUGUGGUGGGGAUCAUACAAGUUCAGAUUCUACGUUCAUAUUGCAUCAUAAUGAAGACACCCAAGUCAAUCCUGAUAGUCGUUUACACUUGACUGGAGGAGGUUCUUUAUACUCCUUUUUUGCAUAUCACGCUAAAAAUGUGUUGUUCCCCAAAGUAUUUCCAUUAAAAUAUUUCUCCAUGGGUCGGCAGUAUGUACCAUCACCAGUCGAAGAAGACAGUUUAUAUCAUGUCAGCCAAAGUUCUGUUAUUCAAAUAUUUAAUGCAGCGAAGAAUGAAACAGAACUAAAUAACCUGCUUUAUUCUAAUAUAGAUUGUAUAAAAAAUAUAUACACUCAGCUUGGGUAUCAUUACAGGCUGAGUUUUGUCACAGCAAAUAAAUUAAAUACAUGGGAAUCUUUAAGACUAGUUAUAGAAAUGUAUUCUAGCUCCCAAAAAUGUUAUGUGGAAGUUGGAAAUAUUUCCCUGAGUGGAGAUUUUAUAAGCAAAAGACUAAUGUUUACAUACACUGAAGACAAACAAAAUAAGUUUCCCUUCAUAUUGUCAGGUACAAUUUUAAAUGUACCAAAACUAUUAGCUUGUAUCUUAGAGCAAGAUGAUGAAUUUGUUCUUCCUGAACAAUUUGCAAUAGAAAGUUGGUGUACAGCUAGCUCAAUGUAAUAUGUUGCUAAAUAAAAUUACUUUAAAUAUUU